AUGAAGGCCUCACUCCUCGCCACGGCGGCGGCGCUCUACGCGCGAGAAGCUGCCGCCCAGUUUGCGCAGGCCGCCAUGAUGCGGUUCCAGUGCUCGCAGCUGGUCAUCGAGCGUCUCGACCCGCUCGUGAACCCGGGCCUGCUGCCGUCGACGCACCUGCACCAGAUCGUGGGCGGCAACUCGUUCAACGCGUCGAUGCCGCCGGGCGAGUACGACCCGGCCGCGCACUCGACGUGCACGACGUGCGACUUCGCCGAGGACUUCUCCAACUACUGGACCGCCAACAUCUACUUUCGCGCCAAGAACGGCAGCUACAAGCGCGUCCCGCAGCUGGCCAACCUCGGGCUCACGGGCCAGGGCGGCGUGACCGUCUACUACAUCCCGCCCUACGACGGCAAGACUAAGGUCACGGCCUUCAAGCCUGGCUUCCGCAUGCUGGUCGGCGACGCCAACCUCCGGUCGUCCAAGGGCAUGCAGAAGCAGAUCUGCCACCGGUGCGAGCACAACAUCCAGCAGAACCCCUUCGGCGGCGCCCCCUGCACGGGCGAGGACACGGCCGCCUUCCCGAGCAAGCCGUGCCCGGGUGGCAUCCGGACGACCAUCACCUUCCCGACAUGCUGGGACGGCAAGAACGUCGACAGCCCGGACCACAAGAGCCACGUCGCCUACCCGAGCAGCGGUAGCUUCGAGACCACCGGCCCGUGCCCAGCCAGCCACCCGGUACGGCUCCCACAGCUGAUGUACGAGGUCAUCUGGGACACGCGCGAGUUCAACGACCCGUCGAUGUGGCCUUCGACGGGGCAGCCGCUGGUGUAUUCGAUGGGUGAUGCUACGGGAUACGGCCAGCACGGCGAUUACAUCUUCGGCUGGAAGGGCGACGCCCUGCAGCGCGCCCUGGAUGCCCGCUGCAGCGGCAACCGGUGCUCGGCCCUCAAGACGCAGACCCCGCAGCAGGCCAUGGCGUGCCAGAAGAAGCCAACCAUCCGGGAGGAGACGGAAGGAUGGCUUACGGCUAUCCCCGGCGGGAUGACGGUUCCCAUGUAAGGGCGUAGUGCCAUCCAUUGUGUGGUGUGACGAGGGGGGUUAGGGAUUAUGGCUGGUAACUGACUAGUGCUAUUAUGACUCUCGACUUCAUCGGUCGGUGUUGGCCCGGAUGGUUCUGCGUUGUUCCUCGAAGAAUACUUAGUAGUAGGUACCAUAUUCUAUUAGGACGUAUUAGCAGGUAUCAUGCUG